AUGCUUGAUUUGUUCCGACUACAUGCCUUCGUCGGCCUACUGUUUACGUUUCAAGAAGUCUCGGCUAUUUGCAGUAGCUGGUCAAAUCGUUAUCAAACCAAUCUCAAAGGUGUUUGUGUCUGCAACGAGACACAAUGUGAUACAGUCUCGAAUGACUUUCAAAAUCUAGUUUAUGGACAGAUUGGUAUCUAUACGACAUCGAAGGCUGGGGAUCGCUUUAAGUACAAGGUAGUAUCAGUGGAUGUAAUCGCUUCGAGUAACCCCACUUUCGUAAUUGAUGUCACAACGCAGUACCAGAAAAUGAUUGGAUUUGGUGGAUCCUUUACAGAUGCGGCAGCUAUCAAUAUUUACAAGCUAUCGUCAACUUUACAGCAAAUGGUAUUGGAUCAAUACUAUUCCGAGAAGGGUCUCCAGUAUUCGCUAGGUCGUGUACCCAUCGGCUCGACGGAUUUUUCAACCAGUAUCUACUCAUACAAUGACAAUGCAGAUGAUCUAGCUCAGGAACACUUUUCCAUCGACGUGGAUCGCAAGUUAAACAAGAUUGCCUUGAUUCAACGGGCUCUACGCACUUCUAAACGCAGUAUUAAGCUAUUUGCAUCUUCAUGGGCGCCUCCUGCUUGGAUGACAACGCAGAACACAACAAUAAAUUGUGCACUCAAAGGUCAUCCGGGUGAAGCAUAUUGGCAAUCGCUUGCUCUGUAUUACUCUAAAUUCUUUGAUGCGUACAAGACAGAGGGAAUUGACUUUUGGGCUAUGACGGUCCAGAACGAGCCAAUACGAUCUAUUUUACAAAUGUCAGCAUGGCAGUCGUUGCGCAUGUCGGAUUCCGUACAGCGUGACUUCGUCAAGCUGAAUCUGGGGCCGACAAUGUCGACUAAUCAUCCGAAGCUCAAGAUUAUUGCUGGCGACGACCAGAAAUCUGGUAUACUGGAUACACUUGCUCCUUUCAAAGAUGCAGACUCGCUCAAGUACAUUAGCGGUCUGGGCGUCCAUUGGUAUAGCAAUUUGGACUUUUUCCUUGCGGAAAUGAGCGGGGACUUCACAAAACUUUCAGCAUUUCACAAAAGAUUUCCAGAGGUUUUUAUGCUUGCAACAGAAGCGUGUGAGGGCUUUCUACCAAGUUGGCUGGGUACUGGCUCGGGUCCGUCUCUUCAGGAUGACAAAAAGAGCUGGAACCGUGCUGAAAAUUACGGCCGCGAUAUCAUUGAAGAUAUCAAUAAUUUUAUUAGUGGCUGGACCGACUGGAAUCUCGUACUGAAUUCCAAGGGUGGGCCCAAUUGGGCGCAAAAUUUCGUGGACGCUCCGAUUCUUGUGGACGAAGACACUGGUGCCGAGUUUUACAAACAACCGAUAUUCUACAUUAUGGGUCACUUUUCGAAAUUUGUUCCUUUUGGUUCACGUCGCAUCAAGGUUUCAAAUACCAAGACUCUCUCAUUCGUCCAUCGCACGGCGUUUGUAACUCCUGACAAUCGUGUAGUCAUGCAAUUUUUGAAUCGUGGCGACGUGGACGUUACAGUGAGCGUUAAGCAAACCGAUGCGAAAACUUUCAGAUUGAAGUUAUCUAAGCACUCAAUGAAGACUGUGAUUCUUCCUGCAUCCGAUGACACGAAAAUUCGGAUCUAA